AAGUGAGCGGCCGGUUAGAGGCGAACGUCGUUCCAUCAAUCGCACAUUCGGAUCCCGCAGAGUGCGAAAGCUAUGAAGUGCAAUGAAAGUCGGCUUUUGAUGCAUAUUUUGUUGGUGAUUUUCUUCGUUUUUCAACUGUUUACCACGUCGAUAUUGGAGCCCUCGGUAGAGGAAACUGUGCUAGAAGAUUUCUUCAUUUGUCGUUCUUGCGGUCACGACGUCAGUUUGUCAAAUUUCCUAAUAGACAAGCACAGUCCACUGGCUAUAAGUUCUAAUAAUCAGACAUUGCAGGCAGGUAAACAGAUUGUAGUACAAGAAGUUCAGAACACCCUUGGCAUUAGAUUUAAAAUUGUCGUCGUUCAUCAAGCUUACUGCGCAAAGGUAGAUUCGUGGAGUACACUGCAUUCUUGGUUUCCUGGUUACUCGUGGAAAUUGUGUGUAUGUCCAAAGUGCCGAACUCAUCUAGGGUGGAUGUUUGAACCUACCGAAACGGCAACUUCGGAUCGCUACUUUCCCACUGAGAACGGAUUCUACGCGUUGAUCUACAACAACAUCAUAUCGGAACGAUACGUAAACUCUCUGCUAAUGCGAGAAAAAGUCCUGCGUGACGACUAGUAACCACUGACUCACUAGUUUAUCGAAAUGGUUGAUCCCAAGCGCCACAUCAACGUGCUGUCCGAGGAAGACCAGAUGUUCCUCAACGAGUGUGA